AUGAAAAUAGGCUUGUUCCUUCUUUUGGUCCUUGUUGCUGUACUAGCAACUUCCUCAUGCGUCUCUGCGGAUUUACAAAACACCACCUACUCGAGUCCGUUCCAUCCACUCAACGUUCCACGUGCAUCUAUUGGUUUAACACCUCUCUUCUCUCCUGAUCACUCCACAAAGGAGGAAACCAAUCUUGUGUUGAGUGCAACCUCUAGCAUUGAUAUUGCCAUUCCGGGAUUUGAUAGUUGGAGUGGAUGCUCGUAUCCAAAGAAUGGCUGUAUGGGUUGCUCUGCUUCUGAUUUGUUGAAUAAUGAAAAGUUUCCAAUUUUCCAAGCAUUGAUUAAUCAAAUUGUGAGCAAGAGAGUUCGUGUUCGUAUCAUCACCAACAAGUAUGAUGAUCAAUUAUGUGACGGAAAGAUGGACUUGUUGACCUAUUUGAAGAUUGCUGGUGCUGAUGUGAGAUAUUACACAACCACAACAUUCUUGCAUGCCAAGUAUAUUGCUAUUGAUGGUUGCAAGGCAGCAAUUUCUAGCAUCAACUUCUCACAAACCUCUUUCAGAAAGAACAGAGAGGCAGGUAUUUUGGUGAACGAGUGUCAAACCUCCUCUGGAAUUGUUCAAAAGUUUUCUCAGUCAGUUUUUGAAUAUGAUUUCAAACAAGCUGUUCCUCUUCAAGUUGACUACAGUCAAUACUCUCAAAGUGACAUUCAACUCGUGAGAACCAGCACUGCAACUGUCACCAUUCCAGAAAAUUUACACUUUCAACAUUGUGAUGCUUCAUCUGGUACAAUUCAAGAGUACAGAGAUACCUAUAACAUUUCCAUUAGUGCCAGUCCAGACUAUGCUUAUGAUUUCUUGAUGUCUGCAUUGCGUCAAACAAGAAAAUCUUUGAAGGUUAGCAUUUAUGAAAUUUCUCAUCCUGAUCUCUGUGAUUAUGUCAUCCAAUUGAAUCAACAAGGUAUUGCAUUGACACUUUUUGCAUCUCAUUAUGUCUUCUCUAAAUCAGAAGCUCUUGAUGCAUACAAAUGCUAUCGUAAGCUUUUGGAUAAUGGUAUUACUGUUACAUUGUCUGCAAAGGAGUGCUUGGAAUUCUCCCAUGAAAAGUAUUGGAUUAUUGAUGACAAUAUUUUGAUGAUGAGUACUGGUAAUUGGAGAGAUACUGAUUAUCCAAACCCACCUUAUGUUUUCCCACCAAAGAAGGGUAACGAAAGCAGUUGGAGAAAUGUCAACAGAGAUUUUACUUUGAGAAUUGACGGCUCAACUGCCAUUUUGAAGAAAUUCGUUGAAGUUCUCAACAACGACUACAACCAAGGAUAUCCAUACAGCUCAGGAACCGCCAGCAAGGCUACCAACACUAUGAACAUUAGAAAUUAUUAA